AUGUCGCGCCCAUUUCCAUAUACGUUUAUUUCAUGUCCGUGUGCGCAGCAAACCAGGUCCUCCAAACUCUCGAAACGAAACUCGCGCGAAUUCUCACCCAAGAAACAAUCCUCUCCGCGUAAACCCGCGGCAAAUACGCAACAGCCAGAAGAUCCCGAUUUGGAGAAUGAUGAAAGUGAUGAGGAAUCCGAGCAAACGUUUAAUCCGCGAUCAGCUCGGGCCAAUUUUUCGUUGUACCCGCCGGAACAAUUAUUAUACUGCGAAGACUGCCAUCAGAUAAAGUGUCCGAGAUGUAUAACAGAAGAGACAGUUUGUUGGUACUGUCCGAAUUGUCUCUUUGAGACACCCAGCAGCAUGGUCCGAAGUGAAGGUAACAGAUGCGCUCGGAAUUGCUUCAAUUGUCCUGUUUGUACCGCUCCACUCUCAGUCACUACCCUGGAGAACACGAUCGAAAACAGCGCACAACAAGGUCCAUGGAUCUUAUCAUGUGGAUAUUGCAUGUGGACGACAUUAGAUAUAGGUAUUAAGUUCAGCAAACCUACCAACAUCCGAUCACAGCUCUCCAAAAUGUAUGAGGAGAAAGGACAUGGCGGUUCUGUGCUCACUGGUGAUACCAAAUCGUCAUUGUCUAUGGGUGGUAAUCUCGAGGAGUUGGAAAGUCCCACGACGGCGGAGGCUGAGGACAAGGAGGAGCCUUUAGCACAAGUGCAGCAUGAUCACACCGAGCUGGACACUAACGCAAGGUUUGCAGCCCUCAAACGUUUCUAUACAAAGCAGAUUGAAGAUGCCUCCGUCUCAGCUACGGAUCCGCUGGCAUCGGAUUUCGGGGCAGCAUUCUCUUCGCCUAGCGCAUUGAGUCGGAUCAUGUCAAUCUAUACGUCUUCAUCGCAUCUAUAUGGAGGUGGGGCUAAGAAAGCCAAGUCGAAACCUCCAGUGAUGCGAGAAGCCCUCACUCCAGCCGAAGGCAUCAAAGUAACCACAGGCGCAAAAGAGCGGACUGUCAUCAAUCGAAUGGCAUCGGAUGAUUGCACAUGGGACGAUAUCCUUUCCAAGGAGCAGCGAGCGUUUCAAGAUCCGGAGGCACGAUUCAUGGAGGAGCUUCGUCCAUUACCAGUGUUACUACGCACGAAACGAUCCAAGCGCUGCAAGUCGUGCAAACAUAUUUUAGUGAAACCGGAAUUCAAACCUGCAUCAACCCGAUUUAGGAUCCGACUCAUUGCAUUAAGCUAUAUUCCACUUCCUACAAUACGACCACUUAUGCCGGCAGCGUUGCCUGGACAAUCAGUAUCCGCCACAUCGCUACUUCAACCCAAUUUAGACUCUCUAACACCGCUUCGACCUAUUCAGUACCUUCUCACAUUGAAAAACCACAUGUUUGACCCUGUCAAUGUAACACUGGCCACCCCGUCAAUUACCCCUGGGCGAAUAGGGUCAAAAGUUACCAUUCUCUGUCCGCAAUUUGACCUGGGUGCAAACAGCGAUGUAUGGGAUGAAGCUUUACAAGCGGGGCCGGCUGCACCGACAUCCUCGUCAAUAGCAACAUUAACAUCGUCAGCAGGACGAGCCGGGACUAUAGCAGGUUCCGAAAGGGUGGCCGAAGCAGGCAAAGUCUGGGAAAAGGGUCGCAAUUGGACAACGAUAGUCAUAGAAGUCGUCCCAGAGGUUUUACCUGGGACGGAGCAGCCUGGUGUACAGGGCAACGCUGGAAAGAAGAAAGACCCUGAGAACGAAGGAGAUGAUGAAGACGACAUUCAACUACGGGAAGAUGAAGACGUUCUCGAAAUCCCUAUCUUUGUGCAUUUGGAAUGGGAUUCGGAAAAUCAAAUGGAUCAGGAUGAUGGAGCUGGUGGGGAUAAGAGUUCACUACGGGAAAGAGGCGGAGGGAGUGAUGCUCAAAAUCCGGACUCGAUAAAGCGUGAAUUGGCGUAUUGGAUGGUGCUUGGGGUGGGUAGGAUAUCUCCAAAGCUUUUCUAG